AUGGAGCCAUCAGCUACUGAGAACAAGCCUGCGACGAUCCAUCACCUCACCAUCCGUAGGCAAAUGCACGAAGAGCUCUCGCGACUCCCAAACUAUGCGUUCUACGAAGGCACAUUGCAGAACGACGUCGCCACAAAGCGCAAUCUCGAGGAUGUACAGCCCGGACUCGCCGCUGCUUUGACCGACAUCCUCAAGUCCAUCGGCAACAACGGUCCAUUCGUCGAGAGUAUACUUCGUCGCCACUACAUCGUCAUCAACGGCACCCGCGUCACCAACGAGAUCACACAGUCGAAGGUCGUUCAUGAGCACUGCAGGUUCUUCUGUACGCACAUGUUCGAGCGGCUGCACGAAAUCUUCGGUGACACGUUUCGCGAGAAAGUGCUUGUGCUCGUCGCCCACGGGGAGAGCCUCAAGUACUGGAACGCCUGCCUUCACGAGAUCAUGAACCGCCGCCGCCUCUCAACCAAGCACGUUCCCGAGGUCUCAACUAUCGAAUCGGCGCAGGUCCGUGGCGCUGUGUACACCAUCAACGACUUCACCAUCCAGCAAAUGCUAGACAAGCGUGAUGCUGGGUUCAUGAUCGACCACCACAGGUUCAACACAGGUAUCACACGUGCCGAGGCGGUCCAGACUACGCUCGGCGGCAAUUGCGAAGGCCGUUUUCUCAGCAUGUCGAUGGACAUCGGGCCUGGUGCUGGUGAAUUCCGCGGCUGUCCGAUCCCAGUCGUCCACUUCCGCGAUCAUCUUGUCAACAACCAGGUCACCUACGCCUACAACGAGAAGAUGCCUGAGUCAGAGUACCCAGCGCAUUUGCGUCAAGAUAGUGUCGUGGUGUGA